UCAUGUCAAAGUUAAAAAGCUCAGAGUCAGUCCGGGUGGUGGUUCACUGUCGGCCCAUGAAUGGCAAAGCUGCUUCCUAUGACAAGGUGGUUGAUCUGGAUGUGAAGCUGGACCAGGUAUCUAUGAAGAACCCCAAGGGCACCACCCACGAGAUGCUCAAGACUUUCACAUUUGAUGCUGUCUAUGACUGGAAUGCCAAACAGUCUGAACUCUAUGAUGAGACGUUCCGACCACUUGUGGACUCUGUCCUGCAGGGUUUCAGUGGGACAAUUUUUGCCUAUGGACAAAGUGGAACUGGGAAAACCUAUACUACUGAAGGAGUCCAUGGUGACCCUGAGAAAAGAGGGGUCAUUUCUAACUCGUUUGAUCACAUCUUCACCCACAUCUCUCGAUCGCAGAAUCAGCAGUACCUGGUCAGGGCAUCUUACUUAGAGAUCUACCAGGAGGAGAUCCGAGACCUGCUCUCAAAGGAUCGGACCAAAAGGCUGGAACUCAAAGAGAGGCCUGACACUGGAGUGUAUGUGAAGGACCUGUCCUCCUUUGUCACCAAGAGUGUGGAGGAGAUCGAGCAUGUGAUGAACGUGGGAAACCAAAACAGGUCCGUUGUGGCUACAAACAAGAACGAACACAGCUCGAGGUCACAUGCAAUCUUUGUCAUCACUGUCAAGUGCAGUGAGGUGGGCCUCGACGGUGAAAACCACAUCCGUGUGGGAAAACUGAACCUCGUAGAUCUUGCUGGCAGUGAGCGGCAAGCCAAGACUGGCACUUGAGGGGAAAGACUGAAGGAAGCAAAAAAGAUCAACCUGGCCCUUUUAGUCUUGGGGAAGGUUAUCUCUGCCAUGGUAGAUGGCAAAAGCACUCAUAUUCCAUAUAGAGACUCAAAGCUGACCAGGCUUCUCCAAGAUUCUCUGGGUGGCAAUGCCAAAAUUGUGAUGGUAGCCAAUGUGGGGCCUGCCUCUUACAAUGUAGAAGAGACCCUGAGCACUCUGAGAUAUGCCAGCCGUGCCAAAAGCAUUAAGAACAAGCCACUGGUCAAUGUGGGCCCAAAGUGGUCCUUCGUUCGAGAAUUCCAAGAAGAAAUUAUUCAGUUCAAGGCCCAGAUGGAAAAACGUUCCAUUGGUAGGAGGAAGAGGUGAGAGAAGCGGAGGGAAGGUGGUGGCAGUGGUGGGGGUGGGGACGAGGAGGAGGAAGAGGGAGAAGAGGGUGAAGAGGAAGGGGAUGAUAAGGAUGAUUACUGGCGGGAACAGCAAGAAAAACUGGGGAUUGAGAAUGCAGUGCACUGUUCCCUUGGAUACCUGGACUUGGGCUGCCAGUGGACUUUAAUGGCAGAGGAGAAUGCAAAUGUGGCCCUGGAG